AUGGAUGACCGAAGAGCUCCUGAUGAUAUUCCCUCUGUAGUUUCAAAGCACUUUUUCACUUCCGAGACCAGAGUAAAUUUCUGGCAGUUCAGAGGAAUCUCCCAUUUGGGACACAUCCAUUGCAAAGAACACCAGGUGGGAACUUACAGAGAACAGUUUGCAGUGAUGAAAUUAACAGCGAUGAAGACUUACAUUUUGAGAAUAUGGUGUAUGCUUGUGCCGAUAAUACAGCUGAAUUCAGCUGAGGAUUUCCAGUGGACAAAGAAUAAUCCAGGCUCUUUCUAUUAUGGCACUUUUCCAGCUGGUUUUUUAUGGGGUGUUGGAAGUUCUGCAUACCAGACUGAAGGGGCUUGGGACAAGGAUGGGAAAGGACCAAGUAUCUGGGAUGCUUUUACUCACAAGAAAGGGAAAACAUUUAGAAACGAAACAGGAGAUUCAGCAUGUGAUAGCUACUACAAAGUUAAGGAUGAUAUUCAGUUACUGAAGGAGCUGAAAGUUAAUCACUACCUAUUCUCUAUUUCAUGGCCUCGGAUUAUGCCCACUGGCAUCAAAACAGAGCAACUGAAUGAAAAAGGAAUACAGUUCUACAAUGAUAUAAUUAAUAGUCUUCUGGAAAACAAUAUUAUCCCUAUCGUGAGCCUCUACCACUGGGAUCUUCCACAGGUUCUCCAAGACAAGUAUGGUGGCUGGCAAAAUAUAAGCAUGGUAAAUUAUUUUAAUGAUUAUGCAAAUCUGUGUUUUGAGAAGUUUGGCGAUCGUGUGAAACAUUGGAUUACUUUUAGUAAUCCUUGGGCAGUUGCUGAAAAGGGUUAUGAAACAGGAGAACAUGCACCAGGACUGAAGCUCGGUGGAUGUGGAGCAUACAAAGCAGCACACCAUAUAAUUAAAACUCACGCAAAGGUAUGGCACUCUUACAAUAACACAUGGCGUAGUGAGCAGCAAGGUAUGGUUGGAAUUUCCCUAACUAGUGGUUGGGGUGAACCUGUUGAUCCACAUAGCCAAACAGAUAGAGACGCUGCUGAAAGAUACAUACAGUUUCAUUUGGGAUGGUUUGCAAAUCCAAUUUACAGAGGAGACUAUCCAGAAGUUAUGAAGAAUUAUGUAGGUAGGAAGAGUGCCCAGCAGGGCCUGGGGACAUCAAGAUUACCAACUUUCUCAGUGCAAGAGAAAACCUAUAUUAAAGGCACAUCGGAUUUCCUGGGAAUAGGUCAUUUUACAACUCGUUAUGUUCUACAGAAGAGCUUUCCCUUUCUACAAGUGUCCAGUUACCACACUGACCGUGAUUUGGCUGAACUGGUGGACCCAAAAUGGCCAGCUACAGGAUCUAAAUGGUUAUAUUCUGUGCCUUGGGGAUUCAGAAGAUUACUCAAUUUCAUUAAGACACAGUAUGGGAACCCUCUCAUUUAUGUGACAGAGAAUGGAGUUUCUGAGAAGGCACAGCAUACACAACUGUGCGAUGAAUGGCGGAUGGAGUAUCUGAAAGGAUAUAUUAAUGAAAUACUGAAAGCUCUAAAGGAUGGUGUUAAUAUCAAAGGCUAUACUGCCUGGUCACUGCUGGAUAAAUUUGAAUGGAACAAAGGCUUCUCUGAGAGAUUUGGAUUUUAUCACAUUGAUUUUGAAAACAAGAACAAACCACGAUACCCAAAGGCAUCCGUUGAGUAUUAUAAAAAGAUUAUCAGUGCAAAUGGAUUCCCAAAUCCAAGACAGGUGGAAAAUUGGUAUCGGAAGGCCAUGGACACUUGCUCUAUCGCACACCAACUCCUUGGUACAGGUAAUGAUGUGUCUUCUGUUUUAUAAAAGCAUAUUAUGUAACUUUCAGAUUUAAAAUUUCUCUGGAAUACUAAAUUAGCAGGUCCUAAGAGGUAUUUUCUCCCUGAAAAUACAACAGUUUUCAAGUACAACAAGCCUCUAACCAAAAUUUCUUUAUUUACUCUCUCCAACUAAAAUCACUGUACCUAAACAGAUCAACUUUGGAUGUUAAUGAAAUCCACAAACUCCAAGAGUCACUAUUUAAGAUUAAGACUAGGGAAGGCAGCAUUCUCCUUAAAAUAAUGAAAGUGCUAAUAGCUCUUCCAAACAGAAAACAAACCCAGGCAAAUCAAAACAACCAUGCAGAUAACAAAAUCUCUAAAUGUUUGACUGCUAUAUAAGAUAGAACUAUAAAAAAAAAUGGACUAAGUACUAGCCUAAGAUAGUGUUAAGCCACAUUUCUGCUCUUUCAUACUCCUGGUAACAAAGCUAAUACUAGCACGACUUAGAGCAGCUGCUCAAGAAUACUUAAUACAGCAGACUUUCCCUGCAGUUUCCACAGUGCCAAGCUAAUCCAUCUCACUUAAGACCUCCCCAGUGUAAUUCAGAACUUUUCAUUAAUUCCUGAACUAGAAGAAUAGUCUACCACAAUGGUUUUCUGAAACUUUUAAGAAAGAUGAGGUAUUAUAAAGCCUCAUGAGAAGGAUGAGAUAAAUUCCACAUGGUAGAAAAACGUCAAAACAGUCAUCCUAAUUUUAUCCUACUUGGCCUCAACUGCCGAGUUACAUGUUCUAAGUGAAUUAAUUGUGUUUACUGAACUGUUUGAGGCUUAUCUGUGGAGUAAAAUUCUACAAAAUAAAACCCAUUUAGUUUUUCAAAGAGCUACAAGACAAUCAUAAAAAGUCUGAAGUGCUUCCCAAGGAUUUCUCUUUGACAAUUUUACUUUCUACCCUUCCCUUGGGGUGGAAGGAAGAAAAAUCAAAGGAACAGUAGAAUACUGCUAAUGAACUGAAGCCAAUUCA